UCGCGCGCGCGUCGCUCGACGAGAUUUCCGCGACGCGCAUGCAUUCGCAGCGAGUGCGCCGCACGAAGAGAAACGCGUUUCGCGAUUGACGCGCGCCCGAUUUUCACCUGGCCCGGACGCUGCGUGCAGAAUGUAAAACACGCGCGCAGACCGAGAGAAAUUUGCAACAACUCGCUAUUGAGUUGUAUGGUUACUGUGCCAAGCAAAACAUUCAAACACACGAGAAGAACUAUUAAACUUUUUGUGGAAAAUACGGUUUGAUAACAAACAACAAGAAAAUGGACGCUAAACUUGCGGCAGGUAUCACCACGGAGGGCAGCGGGCUGCUCAACCCUUUCGUGCAUCACUUGGAAUUGGAGACCACAUCAGAAAAAUUAAAGACUGCUUUCCUAACGAUAGUUCUACUUCCAAUCAGAGUACUGAUUAUCUGCGCACUUCUUAUCACAGCAUGGCUCCUCGCCUGCAUCGGUCUUUGGGGCCUGGACGAAGAGGAUUUACAAAAACGACCUCUUGCAGGAUGGCGACGGAAAGUAACGCAAGCGCUGUGCUAUCUGGGCAGGAAGACGUACGCGGCGGGCGGUAUGCAGGUGGUGUUCAAAGGGGCCCAGGCGUCACGAGCCGAAGCACCCAUUCUCGUCAUCGCCCCGCAUUCCACCUUCCUCGACGGCGGCAUCGUCUACUACACCGGCUUUCCUUCCAUUAUCGUUCGUCGCGAAUCCGGAAACAAUCGCUACAUCGGAAAAUUGAUUAACUACACUCAGCCUGUGUACGUUUGGAGGGACGAUCCUGAUUCACGACAAAAUACAAUCAAGGAGAUUAUAAACCGAGCGAAAUCCGAAGAAGAUUGGCCGCAGAUUUUAAUUUUCCCGGAAGGAACAUGCACAAAUCGUUCGUGUUUGAUUACGUUUAAACCAGGUGCGUUUUAUCCUGGCGUGCCAAUACAACCAGUUUGUAUUCGUUACCCGAACAAAUUGGAUACUGUCACGUGGACAUGGGAAGGUCCAAGCGCGUUGAAACUCUUAUGGUUAACAUUGACACAAGUGCACAGCUACUGCGAAAUUGAAUUUUUACCUGUUUACAAUCCCAGUGAAGAAGAAAAGAAGGAUCCAAAGUUAUUCGCUAAUAAUGUCAGAGAUGUAAUGGCCAAAGCGUUGGGUGUACCAGUGUUAGACUACACUUAUGACGAUUGUAAGUUAAUGGCGAAAGCUAAAGAAAUGAAUCUGCCCAAUCCAAACGAUUUGGUUGAAGUACAACAACUGCGCACACGCCUUGGACUCAACGAGUCGCGCAUUGAAGAGCAGUUGAUUGAAACGCACGCUGCCAAGAAGGGCUUCCAAGCCAUGAACUAUAACAACUUUGUUAACUAUCUCAAUGUGCCGGCGAACAACCCCAAUACGCAACACCUCUUCCAUCUUUAUGAUAAACACUCAGCCGGUGUGAUUGACUUUCGGGAAUAUCUACUCGGCGUCGUUGGUAUCACUCAUCAUCAUAAUUUACUUGAUGUCAUCAAGUAUGGUUUUAAAAUUUAUGAUUCUUCCGGUGUUGGACGAUUAAACAACAUCGAAUUCACCAAAGUUUUGUAUCACACACUUGCGAUGUCCGAGUAUGAAUGUCAUGAACUGUAUUUCUGCAUUGAUAUCGUACAAACAGGAUAUAUCACAUUUCAAAAUUUCUGCGCUUAUGCAGCGAAAAAAGCAGAAUUCGCGCAUCUUUUUAGCUUAUCCACGGAGGAAAUUGCUAAGAAUGGCGGAGAUACCAAACUUCACUAGAAUGAGCCUUCCAGAUCAAUCCAUUUAUGUGUCAAAAUUGUCAAAUUAUAUUAAAGAAAGUUUAAAUAUUUUCGGUAAACUGUACGUUUAGAGUUUAGAAUGUGACUGAAAUUGAAUGUGACAAGAAUACUAUGUAUAGUGUAUAUCUGUUUUAUAUCUAGCACGUUACUUACACGGCCGCCAUUUUGAUUGGUUGCCAUUUUUAAUCAUUUGUUUUACACUUAACCACACAUUGAUUCACACCUUACCAUUUUGUAUACAUGUUAUCUAGUUUACUUACGAGUACAUGCGGCAGUGUGUUGUUUUAUUCUAUUUAAAUAUUGUACAUUGCUUUAUUUAUUUCGAAUAUAGAUCUAAAUCAUGUUAAUAUUUUCAAAAGCAGUUGUGUUCUUCAAUAUUAGUCCUGAUUAUGUGUGAAAAAAGGAAAUAUUUAUGUACGAGACUUUUUAUAAUGCAUUUAUUAUGUUACAACAGUUAACAUAAUUACUUCUUGCUCUAAAUUUGCAAAAUACUUUACACCUUUGGCAAGAUCAAUGGCAGAGUAGGCACAGUGGUGCCUGACAUGCACUUUUCAAUGUUUUUGUAGAAUGCCUUCAGCAAAGUGGCGAUGGGACCAUUAAUAAUAUAUUCCUUCUCGCACUCGGCAGCGUUAACUACCAGGUUAUAUUGAUACUUGAAGAGAACUUCUGCCAGGCAUAACCAGUUGGUGCCACAUUUUAACAAUUCAGCUUUUGCCAACUUGUCGAAAGAUGCGGCGAUUGAUUCAAUACUGGAUUUCUUGCACACCUUGGGGGUGUGGAAGUUGGCAAUUGUAUUGGGGACAGUUUUUCCGACAAAAUUGUUUACUUCUUUGGUUAAGCAAGUAACAAUAUCAGCAGAAGACUAAAAUAUCAUAUUAAAACAAAUAGAAAUAUUUUAAAAUAUAUCGUUGAAAUAUACCACUGAAGAAACAUAGAAGGUCACGACCAAAAGUGCAAGGGAGAUGUACUUCGCCAUUUUAUUUCGAAUGUUGUUGGCUUCUGUCUAACAUUUUUUGAUUUUCAGUGUUUAUAUAGCAAUUCAUGAGUUUGCAUAUUAUUUAAUGAGUACUUUGCUGAAAAUUAUCAGCCAUCGAACUUAAAUUUCAAAAACUUUAAUGGCGGUUAAUAAAAUGGCAACCGUUUAAUUUUUUGUGUUGUUUUAAUCUUUGCUCAUGAAUUAUUUAUGGUUGCAUUUAAUUCAGAAGUAUAUAAGCCCAGGAAAAUUUGUUUUAAAACAUUCAAACAUUUGCUAAGUGUAACCACAACAAAACACACAAAAAUGGCGAAGUUCUUUGGAAUCAUCAUCCUUUUGGUUACCUUCACAGCCCAACAAUCAUUGGCUGCAACAACCAAAGCUACUGCAGCUUCAACAACUCCAGCUCCAGCACCCGCCGUUGGUCUCUGGCCGUGCCUCAUGGAUCAAUUUGGUCAGAUUCAAAAGGAUAUUUCGGUUGCUUUCAAUGCCAUGACCGCGGAAGGACUCUGCGGAGCCGAUACCAUUAAAACCUUCACAGGUCAACUGACUCAAACGGUGACAGACUUCCAGAAAUGUGCUGAACUGGGAUGCUAUUUCAAAUAUUUGCCCAUUGUUAAGAACGAGGUGCUCGCCGUUGGACUUCGUUGCACACAGAACUUCCUCCGUAAUGGCCCAUUCAUUCAGGCUCUCAACAGGGCCUAUGACAUUGUUGAUAAAUGUCUUAUCAAACCUAAUGUUGCAUUUUAAAUAAUGUUAAAUGGAUGUUUGUCAAAAACAACUAAGUAGUAUACUUUAAUAAAUUUAUAUAUCCAGCAAAA